CGGCCUGCCCAAGUCUUGGCUACUGAAGGCUACAAACACGUUAUACAGCCACAUUCAACUGAACUCUCCUGCCUUUUAACAGCCAGCCACAUUCAAGCUGUGUCACUGCCACCAAAGUCUGCUCAUCAAGAACACAUAAAUAGGUCACUGCACUGAAGUAAAACACGAGCAUGCAGACUCAAAAAAUGCUCACUCAAAGAACUAACCCCUCCCUUUUACUCUAUCUUCGUCCACCAAAAUCGUACCCCUUCACCACCGCCACCCCCACUCCACCACCACCUCAACAACCACUUGAAGCCGCCGCUCUAGCCACCCUAAUCCUCACGUCAUCAAACCCACAAGCAUUAGCCCAAACCCUUCUCUCCCCCACCAUCCAAUGGAACCCACAAUUAGUCAACACAAUCCUUAAACGCCUUUGGAACGAUGGCCCAAAAGCCCUCCAAUUCUUCAACCUCCUUUCCCACCAUCCUUCCUACUCCCACCACCCCUCCUCCUACGACCACGCCAUUGACAUUUCCGCCCGCCUCCGCGACUCCCCUUCUCUCCGGUCCCUAAUUUAUCGUAUGCGCUCCGCCCGCCUUGGCCCUACCCCUAAAACCUUUGCAAUCAUUGCUGAAAGGUAUGCCUCUGCGGGUAAACCCCAUAGAGCUGUUAGAGUUUUCUUGGCUAUGCAUCAAUUUGGUUGUUUUCAAGACUUGCAAUCUUUUAAUACAAUCCUUGAUGUGUUAUGCAAGUCCAAACGCGUGGAAAUGGCUUAUAAUCUGUUUAAGGUUUUUAAGGGAAAGUUUAGGGCGGAUUGUGUUAGUUAUAAUGUGAUGGUGAAUGGUUGGUGUUUGAUUAAGAGGACUAAUAAAGCUUUGGAGAUGUUGAAAGAGAUGGUUAAGAGAGGAUUGACUCCGAAUUUGACUAGUUAUAAUACCAUGCUUAAAGGGUAUUUUAGAGCUGGUCAGAUUAAUGAAGCUUGGGAUUUCUUUUUGGAAAUGAAGAAGAGAGACUGUGAAAUUGAUGUCAUUACUUAUACUACUGUGAUUCAUGGGUUUGGUGUUGCUGGUGAGAUUAACCGAGCUCGAAAGGUUUUUGAUACGAUGGUGAAGAAUGGAGUGCUUCCUUCCGUUGCUACUUAUAAUGCCUUCAUUCAGGUUUUGUGUAAGAAAGACAACGUGGAUAAUGCUAUAGUCAUUUUUGAGGAGAUGGUGGUGAAGGGUUAUGUGCCAAAUUCAAUAACUUAUAAUUUGGUUAUUAGAGGGCUGUGUCAUAGAGGUGAAAUGGAGCGGGCAAUGGAAUUUAUGGGAAGAAUGAAGGAUGAUGGUUGUGAGCCAAAUGUUCACACAUACAAUCUUGUGAUUCGGUACUUUUGUGAUGAAGGAGAGAUUGACAAAGCGCUGGACUUGUUUCAGAAGAUGACUAGUGGGGAUUGCUUGCCGAAUUUGGACACUUACAAUAUAUUGAUAAGUGCAAUGUUUGUUAGGAAAAAAUCAGAUGAUUUGUUGGUGGCUGGAAACUUGUUGAUUGAGAUGGUUGAUAGAGGAUUUGUUCCUCGGAAAUUCACUUUCAAUCGGGUUUUGAAUGGGCUAUUGUUAACAGGUAAUCAAGGUUUUGCAAAGGAGAUUCUGAGAUUGCAGAGUAGAUGUGGCCGUCUUACCCGUAAAAUAAAGUUGUGAAGCUCAUCAGACUUUUAAUUGGCGAAUAAAUUACUGGACUUCAACAUGUCACCUUUGAAAAUUGUAAAUAAUUAUUGUUUGUUUGGUAUAUGAGAUGAAGGAAACUGAUUCAUUAUUUGUGAAAAUGGUGAAGGAUUGGACUUUUCAUUUAUUUUCAACCCAGUGUUUUGAACAGAUUUGUGUGUAUGUCUCUCUCCCAUCAAAAGGUGGACAGGGAUAAUAUGCUCAGUUUGGUCAUGUAUCAUUUGAUCCCAUCUCCAAAUUAAAUGCUGGGGAGUGGAUUAUGUCAUGCAGUGAAUUAGAGAGGAUGAUGGAAGCUGUAGUACCUAAUCUUGAAUGUGAUAUUUCUUCUAUGGGAGAUAAGUAAUGCUCUGUUGACUUCCACUGAAGUUCUGCAAAUCCUGGAAUGAUGGUUCAACCCUGUCCUUGGCCUCAGCGAGUGGCAAGCAGCACGAAACUUAAUUAAUCAAAUGGCAUAUGGGGGGGCUUUCCUUUGUUACAAACCCACAGACAACAUACUGAAACUUCCAAACCAAAGAAAUGCAACAUUAGAAGGGAACAAUAAGAAAGAGUUGGUCCCCAAUGUUUUUUGUUUCAGCUUUGUAUUUGAUUUUAAAAGGACUUGGAUUUGGAAAAGAAUUCUCCUGUCUUCUUUGGUUUAUGCUUUGAAGAAAGUGUUCAAUUAAUUGGAAAGCAGCAGUUUUGGAGUUUUGGAUAACACUGAAGAGGGAGAAGUAUUCUGAACGUGUCCUAAGGAAAUUUGUUUGCAACAGCAGCCCUGAAGUUAUGCCAUCCAUCUUCUUUUCCAGAGAACCAGAAUGAGAAAUUCAGCAUUUCUGCCCACCUCUGCGACUUCCCUGUUCUCUGAUCCUAUUUCGUGCACUCACUGUGCCUCCCUUGGCCUCUCCCACAAAAACCUAUGCAAUCAUUGCUGAAAGGUGUAUCAUCCAUUCACAACUGUUGAAGACUUGAUGUUGGUUCAGUGACAUGUGAUUUACAGUUAGUUGGCAAUGUCUAUGCCAACCACUAGGGUUCCAGCAGGGCUGAUGGAAGUACAGGGAACUUGGCUGAGAGACAAUGUUAUUAUGAGGAUGUUUGAAUGAAGCGCCACCUACAGUUAUAUCAUUCGUCAACAGUUUCUUCACGGACCCAAAAUGAAGUGCAUAAUGUGCUAAAUUGUGGUGGAAAUUUUUUGUUUUAGUAGACCUGGUAGAAAAUUGGAUAUAAAUUAAUGUCAUCUUUUCUUUUUGAAAAUCCCAGCAUUUCAUUGUAGCUGCUUGUGAUGAAAGCUAAUGUUUCUGGACCUAGUCGAUGUCUUUGAACUGAAAAUUGUCUCUGUAUGAACUUGUUAUAAUUACCUGUUGUUUUUGGACUU